AUGGUUCCUCCCUCUCCCCUUCAAACUUUCCCCGAAGUUUCUCGACCUCCCCAAGGAGUUGCGCUGCGAAUCCUCGAGGUAGUCCGACGUAGGAUCGAGAGAUAUGAUCAAGCCGCUGUUCAAACUUCAGACACAGAAAGCAAUGUCGAAGCUGCUAAAAUCCGUAGACAGUUGAAGCCUCUUGCUGAGACUUGGGAAAGAUAUCGAAGGCUUCUCCAGUCAAUCGAAGAUCUCAAAUCACACUAUGCCAAUGAAAACGAUCCUGAACUUCGGUCUAUGCUUUUGGAAGAACAAACCGAUCUCAUUUCUCAACUCGAUACCAUCGUAACCGAUGAUUUACCCGGUUUACUACUCCCUCCUCAUCCAGCGGCAGAACUACCAGUGAUCAUAUCCAUCAACGCCGGAGUAGGUGGAUCAGAAGCAGCCUUGUUCGUACAAGAUCUAUCGAGGAUGUAUCAACGCUACGCCGAAGAAAAGGGAUGGAAAGGAGAGAUCUUGAGUCAGACAGAAGGUGCAGGAGCUAAAGGUGGUGGUGGGUUGAGAGAAUGUACUAUCAAAUUUGAGAAACCACUAUUUUUAGAAGAACAAGAGGUUUAUGGUAGAUUGAAAUGGGAAAGUGGAGUUCAUAGAGUUCAAAGAGUACCUUUGACGGAGACUCAAGGAAGGGUACAUACAAGUACCGCGGCUGUAGUAAUACUCCCCAUCUAUCCUGAUCUACCCGAUGCACCACUAGUAGAUCCGAAAGACGUAAAGACAGAAGUCAUGAGAUCUAGAGGUGCAGGUGGUCAACAUGUCAACAAGACUGAAUCUGCCGUUCGUCUAACUCACCUUCCAACGGGUAUCACCGUCUCUAUGCAAGAUUCGAGAUCACAACAUCAGAACCGCGCAUGGGCAUGGGAAAUCCUUCGAGCUCGAUUGAGUGAGCGCAAGCACGCCGAAGAGGUAGAAGCUCGUCGUUCAACCCGUCGAAGUCAAGUGAAAAGUUCGGGGAGAAGCGAUAAGAUCCGCACUUAUAAUUUUCCACAGGACCGAGUGACAGACCAUCGUAUUGGCCUCAGUCUGACCGGCAUCCAAAACGUUCUCGAUGGACCAGGUUUGGAUUUACUCUUGGACGCAUUGGAUACCGACUUGCAACACCGAAGAUUGCAAUCUCUAUUAGAGGACGAUGAAGAUAUAGAAGAAUGA